ACCAUUUUUGAAAGAAAUGUAUUUCGGAUGUUCUUUUGUAUAAAGGAAUUUACAAAUCCUAAUUACGAAAUUUGUCACAAAAUUAUAGAUCUAUUUUUUGUCCAAAAUGAAAAAAAAAACUAUUUGUGACAAAACUUCUGUCAAUAUACAAUGUGAUCAUAUCUACACAUUAAUUCUAGUUUGAUGAAUAUAGAGCACAUAUUAACUGUUUUCACAGGUUUUUAUUUAAUAUUUAUAUACGCAUUCACGAGUUUUGUGAUCAAAUAUUCAAAUUAGAUGUUUGGAGCUUAUCUAUUACUUAUUAAGAGAUGAGAAAGUAGAAAGGUGGAUUCUUUGUGUAGCCUUGGUGGCCUAUCAUGUGCCCUUGGUGGGUGAUAAUCAAAAAGUAUCUACUUCAAGUGGAAAUUAAUCUGAUUCUGAUCAUCCCAAAAAAAUUAAAGAGAUAAGAAACUAAAAAAAAAGCUUUGAAAUUCAGCUUUACUGUAGUUCUUUGUUUAAAUAAUUGUUAGGAAUAAUUAAAUAAAUUUACAAAACCAACAUGACCAAUCAUAAUGUUGUAGCAGCUUUUUGGAGGUUCUUGAUAUAACACCACCCACCAUAUCAAAUUGAAAACCAUGAUUGACUAUACUAUGUACAUGUCAAUUAUUCCUGACUUCUUCGAUCUCUCUAUAAGUGUCCUCUCUUUCUCUGUUUUCAAUUCCUUAUCAAAGAUAGUGAUCCAAUGCGUUUAUGAUGGGUUUUUUUUUAUUAGUAAGAUCAUAAAUUAUUAUUAAAAUGUUAAGUCAAUUUUAUAUAACUAAAGCAUAAUUGGAUUGUCAUCUUGAAAUUAUAGAUGAAGAAACCGCAAAAAUACAAUCGUCCUGUAACAUUCAUUCCAAUCAUUUUUAUCUAUUGAUAACUGGUGAGAUGGUAGACAAUCACUAGUAAUUCGAUAUGUACACUGAUCAAACUUAAAUUAUAGUAGAACGAAGCAGAACUAGAGUACAUAAUGUAAAAACUUAUCAUAUAACUUAAUUAGCAACAUCAAACUAAAGAGUUAAUAAACCUCUUUCUUAUGUGUUAAUAAACAAAUUUGAAAAAUAUGUUUCAUGUGGCCACAUAAACAACACCAAAAUCAUAUGACCUCUUCAGAUUUGACUUGGCAACAUCAUUAAUUUGUAGCCCUUUUCUCAAAAAAAAAACAUCAUUAAUUUAUUAUAAGAGAAAUAACUGUAAUUUCUUGAACACUAGUAAGGAGUAUAAAGACUAUUUUGUAUUAGCAUGCUCUUCGCUGAAUUAAGAAACUUAUAAUAGACUGAAGCAAUUGUGACAUGCACCAACUUGCUUGAAUUUUCACAUCAUUAUGCCCAAAAUUGCAAAAGGGACUUUGCAAAUUUAUGAUUUGAUAGACAUACAAAUACUGAUUACUAAACACCAUAAAACCAAAUAAAAAAUGGUUUCAUUAUGUAUAAAUAUUAGUAAAUACUAUGUGAAAGCUAAUAAAUGCUCUAACUAUGGUGCAUGCCCAAAUUAAUCAUCAUUCAAAAGAAGUUGGUCCCAUGAGGUUAACAUGAUUAAUCCAGCACUUAAUCCCUUUCUUAAUUACUCUCAUAUAUUCUGUAGUCAUUUAAUACUAGUCUUGAUUGUAUGAGGGUGAGUUCAAGUAAAGAUAAGUAAGACCUCAAAUAUUUCAGAAAGGAUUGGUUAUUGGUACUAAGACUGCCAGGAGAAGAUCCCUAAAUUGUCAAAUGACAAACUCAGAAUAGUAAUUUGAUUUAUGUAAAAUAAUUAGUCGGAUUAAUCCUAUAACCUAUAAUCGUUAUGAGUUUCACAACUAUAAUCAAAAUAAGUAAAAUAAAUCGUUAGACAACAAGCAUUCGGUUUAGAUUAAAUGAAUAUAACAUACAAAAUAUGAAGCAAAGCUCAUAUGAGAUGUGAUGCGAGAAGACAACUCCUUAAAGGCUUCAACUGAAAGUGGAUCAUGAGGACUAUGGUAAUUGCAUUAAAAGCAGCAAUUCCCUUCACUUUCCCUUUACAAUUUUGAAUCUCUUAUCUUUCUCUCUCUCCACAACUACAAGACUCAUAUGACUGUAAAAGCAAGAGAGAGAGUAGAGAAAGAAAAAAAAACAGAUACACUUAAAGAAUGAAAUAAAGAGGAAAAAAGCUAGUCAAUUGUUUAACUCACACUCUCUUCAUCUCUCUCCUCUCUCAAAUGCUCUAAAAUUGGCAUUGGGCAGAUGAAAAAAAUCUUCAUCUUCUUCUCUAUCUGUUGGCCAUCUCUCUCUCAAUCAUUCACUCACUCACUCUUCAUCUUCUUCUGUUUCAUGCAAGAUCCAAAGAGCUCACCUGCAAGAAAACCCUGGUACCAGCGAGCAAUGGCGGUGGCGAGGUUCGCCGCAAACUGGAAAACCAUCCCAAAGUCGCCACCGGAGAUAACACGUCCGUCGCGAAACCCUAGCGUCAACAAAUCAUCGAGCAACCAUCAACAGCUGAGGAAAUGCACUUCUCUCAAGGUAGCCGCGAACUCCUUCACUAGGGUUUGUCUCUGCGCUCCUAUCGGUCCAUACGACGACGUGUUCCGAAACUACGUCCCGCCGAGACGAAGCUCGAGCUACCCUCCGUCGAAGCCUCUUCCUGCGGUGACGGAGACGGCGAUGGUGCCGGCUGCGAGGAUGAGUGUGGACUCAGGGAGGAGGAUAUUUAGAGGGAAGUCGUUGAAGGAGAACGCGUUGAUGAGGAGGUUUGUGGCGGCGGAGGAAGAGGCGAUGAUGGAGAGUAGAAGGAGAGAUGAGAUGGAGAUUGUGAGGAAGAGGUAUCAGAUGAGGAAGAAGAAGAAGCUUGGACCUAGUCCUCUUAGUCGCAUGGUUAUUGCUGAAGAAGAUCAACAAGCUUUUCAUCAAUGAUUAAACUUUUAAUCAAAAACAGAGGAACACAAAAUGUUUUUUUUUUUUUGUAAUUGUGUUUUUUUGUGAACCAAGAGAUAAUUAAUUACCUGUUUGGUCCGGUUUAAUUAAUUUGAUUAGUUUCUUAAUGA